AUGCAAAACUCAACACUAAAUCGUACGCGUGUCUUUGAUUACGAAAAUGAUCCAACGUACCAGUUACUAUCGGGACUACGAAAGAACUGUUUCACGGAUAAUGUGACCCACAGCACCGUCGUUGGUGAUACAUACAAUGGUAAGUCAUUCCAACAAAAUGAUGGGUGGUGUCCGAGAGUCUUUGACGGCUUUUCAUGUUGGGAUGAAACCCCUGCAUCCACAACUGCCUUCCAGCCCUGCCCGGAGUUCAUCGUUGGAUUUGAUCCCAGGCGCUUCGCUUACAAGAAAUGUACAGAAAACGGUACAUGGUACGUCAAUCCGAACAACAAUAAGCAUUGGACUAAUUAUACCACUUGUGUCGAUGUUGAGGAUUUAAAUUUCCGAACUAUCAUAAACUCCAUCUAUGUCGUGGGCUACUCCAUAUCCGUGGCCGCCCUAGUUCUAUCGAUAAUAAUUUUCCUUUAUUUCCGGUCACUUCUAUGCACAAGAAUUCGGAUCCACAUACACCUCUUCAGCUCUUUUGCUAUAAGCAACAUUCUCUGGAUUGUGUGGUAUCGCACUGUUGUGGACAAGGUCGUGGUGGUACAGAAUAACAGGUGUAUAUUCCAAGUUCCAGACAAGAUUCAGUUCUGCUUAUCAGCAAAAAUGUCGCAACGACAAUCGUCGUGCGUCAGGAGCUGUGCAAAGACCCACACUAAGAACCAUUUAAGCUACCUUCGAAUGGUGCCAAUUGCUGCAUAUUGUGACACCAUUACUUUCAUGAUUACGAGCUACUUAUGGAUGUUCUGCGAGGCCCUUCAUUUACACAUAGCUCUCGUAGUUGUGUUCGUGAAGGACGAGGUAGCCAUGCGAUGGUUCAUAGUUCUCGGCUGGGGCAUCUCACUAAUCAUCACUAUGAUUUACGCAACCGUCAGAUACUUCACCCCUGGAGCUAUAGAAAGGUGUUGGAUGGAUCACAGCGACACAAUUUGGAUAAUCGUCAUUCCAGUCGGGAUUUCAUUGAUGGUUUCCUUCAUAUUCCUGAUAAAUGUGGUGAGGGUACUGCUCACCAAGCUCCAUCCGACACCGAAUCAACAAGCGUCUAUGGCAGCAAAAAAAGCUGCCCGUGCUGCUCUUAUACUGAUUCCCCUUUUUGGACUGCACUUCAUUUUGAUACCUCUAAGGCCAUUACCUGAAUCACCAGGAGAAAAACUGUACCAAGUGGCGUCCGCUCUACUGACGAGCUUACAGGGUUUGUGCGUGGCAAUACUAUUCUGCUUCACCAACCAUGAUGUGAUGACGGCUACCAAGACGUACAUGUCGCGAUUCCGGAGAGCAAACGAGGCUAUUGCUAUGACUGGUGUAACCGGAGGUGAAAGUCUGAUGAACACAAAAGACCACGUAGUAUAA